CGCCGCCUCCAGAUUCCGGAGGCGAAGCACGCGAAGCCGAGGAACAUGGACGUGAACCUCGCCCCGCUCCGUGCCUGGGACGAUUUUUUCCCGGGCUCUGAUCGCUUCGCCCGGCCGGACUUCAGGGACAUUUCCAAAUGGAACAACCGUGUAGUGAGCAAUCUGCUCUAUUACCAGACCAACUACCUAGUGGUGGCUGCCAUGAUGAUUUCGGUCGUGGGGUUUCUGAGCCCCUUCAACAUGAUCCUUGGAGGAAUCAUUGUGGUGCUGGUAUUCACAGGGUUCGUGUGGGCAGCGCACAAUAAAGACAUCCUCCGCCGAAUGAAGAAGCAGUACCCCACAGCCUUCGUGAUGGUGGUCAUGUUGGCCAGCUACUUCCUCAUAUCCAUGUUUGGGGGCGUCAUGGUCUUUGUGUUCGGCAUCACUUUUCCUUUGUUGUUGAUGUUCAUCCAUGCGUCCCUGAGACUUCGAAACCUCAAGAACAAGCUGGAAAAUAAAAUGGAGGGAAUAGGUUUGAAGAAGACACCAAUGGGCAUCAUCCUGGAUGCCUUGGAACAGCAGGAAGAGAGCAUCACCAAACUGGCUGACUACAUCAGCAAAGCGAGGGAGUAAGCACGCUAGCCUGGUGCCGGGGCCGCAGAGGAAUCCAGCUGCACUUUCCCCUUGUUCAGACCCACUUUCUGCCUGUGGUUUGGAAACAGAAGGUGCACGUUUUUACCACCCAACUAUCUAUGGCAUCAUGCAUGCACAGGCCCACCUGUUAAGAUCUCCACCAUGACCCAAGGAAGGCCUCAGAAACUGCAAAAAUAUAGACCCACUUUCCUGUUAGGUCUGAGUUUCCAGUGUGUUUUUGAAAGAGAAUUGCAGGUUGGACAGCAACAAUACUAUUCUAUUGUGGGGGAACAGUCCUUGUAGAAUCUGGAGGCAAUGCUGAGUAAGUGAAAAGUCAGUUAGAGUAGAGGGUGCCGUGUGUCUGUCUGUUUCUAACCCUGUCUGACAUCCCCUCGAAAGUCCCUUACGACUAUGAUGUGUUGGGUAUGUUAGUUAGUAGUGUAUCUUAGUUGUUUUGACAUCAGAGAUGAUCUCUGACCUUCUGGCACCCGUUUGAUGUGCAGUGGAAACUGGAUCAGCCAGUUGUUUAUAUUUUGUUUACGAAUAUGAAGGUAGCUGUUUAGGACAAUGUUUUGUUAAAUUUUUGUAAAAUUUUUAAAAGGGUAGUAAUAUGCUUUCACCGGAAGGUAUUUCUUGCAAAGUAAGUGUCAUCCUCCUGGGGUGGGGGUGGAGGGGUAGUUACAGCUCUGUAACUUCUGUUAUCCUUGACUUGUUAAAAAUAAAUAAAUAAAUAAAACCAAACCUGA